AUGAAGAUAGUUCCCAGCGUCGAGCGGCCGGGAAAAAAAAAAAAAAAAAGGCGCACGGCUUUCACGAGCGAGCAGCUGCUGGAGCUGGAGAAGGAAUUCCACUGCAAGAAGUACCUGAGCCUGACGGAGCGCUCGCAGAUCGCUCACACCCUCAAGCUCAGCGAGGUACAGGUCAAGAUCUGGUUCCAGAACCGCCGCGCCAAAGCUGCUGUUCUUGAGCUGAGUGAAAUUAAGAAGGAGCUACAAGCCAAAGAACUGCUUGUCCAAACCCUUCAGGCUGAAGUAGACAAACUACACGCUAUUAUUGAAUGUGCUCAUGCCUCUUUUAAGGCGCUCCUUUUAAGACAAAAAGGGGGGAUUUGCAGUGAGCGGGCAGACGCCUUGGAUAAGACGCCUGCCGCUCGGUUGCUGCAAGCUCUUUACGUGCUUAAUUGGUUACAUCUUGGUAAAAACAGCCAGGUGCCCCCCGCGACCUUCAGCUAUGAAUACAAUGCAUGCAGGGAGUCAGCCACCUGCGUGCCUGGGGAUGUAGCAAUGGCAGUGAUGGCCUCUUUGCCCAAGAACACUAUCACCUAUGAUAAGUAUGCGGAGACAUGA